AUGAUGGAGAAUAAUAUUAAUGGCCAUGAAUGUCUCAAGAACAAUGUUAAGGAUGUCUCUUUGGAAGAUCUCAAAGAAAGGCUUGCAGAGUUUGCUAGAGUUAGGGGUUGGCAAAAAUAUCACAGCCCUAGAAAUUUGCUUCUUGCUUUGGUGGGUGAAGUUGGAGAAUUAUCUGAGAUAUUUCAGUGGAAAGGGGAAGUUGCAAAAGGGCUACCAAACUGGAGUGAACAUGAUAAGGAGCAUCUUGAAGAGGAGUUAUCUGAUGUGCUGCUCUACUUGGUCCAGUUGGCUGAUGCAUGUGGGCUUGAUUUGGGCCGGGCCGCACUUUCCAAAAUCGUGAAAAAUGCACGCAAGUACCCAGUCAUUACUGAGCCCACUAACUAG